AUGCCCGCCGCCCCCUCCACCAAAACUUCUGAGCAGCUCCUCGACGCCAAGGAUGCCCUCGCGCACCUGGCCACCUACCCCCGCUCGGACGGCCUGUCCAUCGCCGACCUCAUGGACUCCACCAUCCGUGGCGGACUGACCUACAACGACUUCCUCAUGCUCCCCGGCAAGAUCGACUUCCCUGCGAGCGACGUCGUCACCGACACGCGCGUCACGCGCAAUGUCGUCCUCAAGACGCCCUUCUUCAGCUCUCCGAUGGACACGGUUACGGAGACAGACAUGGCAAUCAGCCUGGCGCUCCUUGGUGGGAUUGGUGUUAUCCACCAUAACCAGUCGGCCGAGAGCCAGGCGGCGAUGGUUCGCGCGGUCAAGCGCCACGAGAACGGGUUCAUCACUGACCCGGUGGUGUUCUCGCCUGAACAUAUCGUCUCGGAUGUACUGGAUAUCAAGGCGCGCCUUGGGUUCUGUGGGAUUCCUAUCACCGAGAACGGCAAGCUCGGCGCCAAACUCGUCGGCAUCGUCACCUCGCGUGACGUCCAAUUCCGCGACUCUACUACUCCCUUGCGCGAUGUCAUGGUCACCGACCUCAUCACCGCCCCGCAGGGUGUCACCCUCGCCGAGGCCAACCACAUUCUCCGCGACUCCAAAAAGGGUAAACUCCCUAUCGUCAACACCCAGGGCUGCCUCGUCUCCCUCCUCGCCCGCUCCGACCUGCUGAAGAACCAGAACUUUCCCUACGCGUCCAAGGAUCCUGAGACGAAGCAGCUCUACGCCGCCGCCGCCAUCGGCACGCGCCCGAACGACCGCGAGCGCCUGCGUCUGCUCGUCGACGCGGGCCUGGACAUCGUCAUCCUCGACUCGUCGCAGGGCAACUCGAUCUACCAGGUCGAGAUGAUCCAGUGGAUCAAGCAGGAGUUCCCCAAGCUCGAGGUCAUCGCCGGCAACGUCGUCACGCGCGAGCAGGCAGCGAGCCUGAUUGCUGCGGGCGCGGACGGUCUGCGCAUUGGCAUGGGCUCGGGCUCGAUCUGCAUCACGCAAGAGGUCAUGGCCGUCGGCCGCCCGCAAGCGACGGCGGUGUACUCCGUCGCGGAGUUCGCGCGCAAGUUCGGUGUGCCAGUCAUCGCCGACGGCGGUAUUGGCAACGUAGGGCACAUUGUCAAGGCCAUCGCUCUCGGUGCGAGCGCGGUGAUGAUGGGCGGGCUCCUCGCGGGCACGACCGAGGCGCCGGGCGAGUACUUUUACCAUGACGGCAAGCGCGUCAAGGCGUACCGCGGCAUGGGCUCGCUCGAGGCGAUGGAGCAGGGCAGACCGGGCGCGGCGCAGGCGAACGGGAAGCCAGGCACGACGAAGCAUGCGGGUGUGACGACAAGUCAACCUCACGAGAACGCGGCGACGACGAGGUACUUCUCGGAGUCGUCGGCGGUUAAGGUCGCGCAGGGUGUGUCAGGGGAUGUGCAGGACAAGGGCAGCGUGAAGCAGUUCUUGCCGUAUUUGCAUGUUGGCGUGCAGCAUUCGCUGCAGGAUAUUGGGGUGAGGAGCAUCGACGAGCUGCAGGCGGGUGUCAGGGCGGGCACGGUGCGGGUCGAGUUCAGGACGGCGAGUGCGCAGCUUGAGGGCGGUGUGCACGGUAUGAACUCAUAUACGAAGAGGUUGUACGCAUAG